GGACUUUGAAAAAAAUGUUUUGAAUGUGAAAAUAGGCUUUCAUUAUCUUGUUGGAGGUCAUGGUGAUAAUAAGUAAUAAAGGAGAAAAAUGUAUAUGCGCUUAACUUGUACUUAAGCUAUUUGAAUUGAGUCAACAGUUAAAAUGAGCAGCCACAUGGAUGUGCAUUUAAGUUCUUUUCAGUGUUACUUUAUUUAGGCAGCCAUUUUGUGUAAAUGCUUUCACAAAGCAGGGAUUUGUGAUUGCAGUGCACCUAAGCAGCCAUAGAAUUUGUAACUUGAUCACAGGAUAUACAUUAUAGAACCGGGGAGAAAUUGGGAAAUAACAUGAUACAAUUGCUACAUUGUAUUUUUCUUUUUAUUAGUGUGCCGCUCCAACAAAAGCCCUUGGGUCUGUUUGACUUGCUCAAGUGUCCACUGUGGAAGGUAAGUGCUGUUCCAUGAGGUACACUUAAUGUGCCUCAUGAUGAAAAUAUCAUCUCACCCCUCUCAGCCUGUUAUUUUGGUGCCUUUUGAUAACCAUUUGUUUUGGCUGUUGGAGUUUUCAGGUAUGUGAAUGGCCAUGCGAAAAAACAUUAUGAAGAUGCACAAAUACCCUUAACCAACCAUAAGAAAUCAGAAAAGCAAGACAAACCUCAGCAUACAGUGUGUAUGGAUUGCAGUAGCUACAGCACAUACUGUUAUCGCUGUGAUGAUUUUGUGGUUAAUGACACCAAGUUGGGGCUGGUACAGAAAGUCAGAGAACACUUACAGAACUUGGAAAACUCAGCGUUCACAGCUGACAGGUAUAGGAAGAGAAAACUUUUGGAAAACUCAUCACUAAACAGUAAAUUAUUAAAAGUAAAUGGAAGCACCACUGCCAUUUGUGCUACGGGUCUUCGGAAUUUGGGAAACACAUGUUUCAUGAAUGCCAUCCUUCAGUCACUCAGUAACAUUGAGCAGUUUUGCUGUUAUUUCAAAGAACUGCCUGCAGUGGAGUUAAGGAAUGGAAAAACAGCGGGAAGGAGAACAUACCACACCAGGAGCCAAGGGGACAGCAAUGUGUCCUUGGUAGAAGAGUUUAGAAAGACACUUUGUGCUUUAUGGCAAGGCAGCCAGACUGCCUUUAGUCCAGAGUCCUUGUUUUAUGUUGUUUGGAAGAUUAUGCCGAAUUUUAGGGGCUAUCAGCAGCAGGACGCCCACGAGUUCAUGCGCUACCUUCUGGACCACCUGCACUUGGAACUUCAGGGCGGUUUCAAUGGUGUUUCCCGAUCAGCGGUUCUGCAGGAGAAUUCUUCUCUGUCUGCAAGUAACAAAUGCUGCAUAAAUGGGGCAUCAACUGUUGUCACAGCUAUAUUCGGAGGCAUUCUCCAGAAUGAGGUCAACUGCCUCAUAUGUGGGACAGAGUCCAGGAAGUUUGAUCCAUUCCUAGAUCUUUCAUUAGAUAUUCCAAGUCAAUUCAGAAGUAAGCGCUCUAAGAAUCAAGAAAAUGGACCAGUUUGUUCAUUACGAGAUUGUCUUCGCAGUUUCACUGACUUAGAAGAACUCGAUGAGACAGAAUUAUAUAUGUGCCACAAAUGCAAAAAGAAACAAAAGUCCACAAAAAAGUUCUGGAUUCAAAAACUUCCCAAGGUGCUGUGCUUACAUUUGAAAAGGUUUCAUUGGACAGCGUAUUUAAGAAACAAAGUUGAUACCUACGUAGAGUUUCCACUGAGAGGCCUGGACAUGAAAUGCUACUUACUGGAGCCCGAGAACAGCGGCCCCGAGAGCUGCCUGUACGACCUCGCGGCGGUGGUGGUGCACCACGGCUCCGGGGUCGGCUCUGGACAUUACACAGCCUACGCAGUUCACGAAGGCCGCUGGUUCCACUUCAAUGACAGCACUGUGACGCUGACUGAUGAAGAUACCGUGGGGAAGGCAAAGGCCUACAUCCUUUUUUAUGUGGAACGCCAGGCCAAGGCUGGGUCAGGCAAACUUUAAUACCUCUCUAAAUCAUAACUCACCAACUCUGCCGGACAAACAUUUCCAAUUUUCCAUAAAUACUUGAUCCAAGAUUUAAUUUCAUUAUGCACUUUUCAAUUUCCUGUUUUGGAUUUAGUUUUGUCAGUGAUAGUGAUUUACUGAACAUGGGCACCAACUAACUUUUUGUUGUUGUUCUUACCAGAAAACCUCAGCAGACAUUUUGAUUUGCUGCUUUAGUUGUAAUAAUUCCAUUUUUAUAUGUAGUUUCAAGAACUUAGUUCUGUUUGACUUUUUUAUAUUAAUGUUUUCAAUUCUCACUCUGAGGCACAUUUACAUCCAUCCAUGCUUUGUUACUCACAUUCUGAAAGCGAGGGGCACUCCUGGGUAUGGUGAGGGAACUUAAGGCCUGCCGCCUCCUCCGUGCUGAGGUGACUUCCUGUUCAGGUUCACAGUGUGCAGGGUGGUGGCCUGGGAGGCUUCACAGUGACUGCUUGGUGCCACAUACUGACUGUAAAGAUAACAGAGGGCAUCUGGAGGUAGCUCAGGUAACUGCUGCUAAUGGUGUCUUCCCAAGGCUGCUGAUUAUCAGCACUAACUAAAUAAACUUGUCGGUUCGGUUGUUACCUGUACUGCCAAUUCUAGAAUUACUCUUACUGUUGGGUUUUCCAGUUUGUUUUGUAUUUCCUGGGGAAGAUGGGAAGAGAAAUCCAGUUAUGACCUAUUGCUGACAGAGUCCUCAGACCUGACAGUGCCCCUUAGGUGUCACCCGCGGAGACCCCGCCUGCUCUGCCUUGCUGCAUUGGCACCUGUUCCCCCUCUUGCCACAAGUGACUGUGUGCACUGGAGCCCUGCUUCCUCAUGAAUGGGGCAGUGAACUCCAGAGCUGUCACCUAUACUUCCAUGUCCCUGUGGGCUCUGCGUCCAUGCCAGGAAGUUCUGAGUUAACAAGUCCCCUCGAUCUGUCCUGAGGGAAGAGCAAGUCAGAAAUGUUCUCACUUUCAGGGCCGGGGAUGUAGCUCAGUGGCACUGUGCCUGCCUCACAAGCACAAGGUCCUGAGUUCAAUCCCUAGUACAAAAAAAAAAUUUUUUUUUCACUUUUAGUAGGUAGAGUUUAUAUUCUAGAAUUCAGUAGGUAAUGAGUACUUCUCAGAUUUAACUAAAAUUGAGAUUUGGACCCAGAGCCCCAUUUGAAGAAGGCAGCUGUGAUUCCUGGCAGCAUUCCAGGCCAGCCCUUCGUCUCGGUGGAUGGCGGUGACAUCACCUGCAAAUGAAGCAGACAGCAGGGUGCAGAGCUGCGCUGUCCUCAGUCGUCAGCUCUCAUGGACAAGUGCAUUUCAGAGUGAGCUAGGCAAGCAGACUUUUCGGUACUCUUGUUUUAUCUAUUUUUUUAAACGGUCGAGACUUUGAAGCAAUUGAAUGUGAAAGUCUGAUGGCUUUCCUCGUAGCUCACUUGUUUUAACAUCGCAAGAACAGAUGUAGCUGCAGUUCCCUUUCAGUAUCAUAAAUCCCACGUUCUCUCAGGGCAGGAUACACGUGCUGGAUAAACACUUCAACACGACAAGGACCAAAUGGCAGCUACUUCUAAAUUUGCCUCUUGAUAAAGUGGCCACCUGUGGUCAUUUAGAUUUAAAACUCAGUUCUUCAGUCAUAUUAGCCACAUCUCAAGUGCUCAGCACCCCACAUGCACAGGACGGAGCAGGUCUAGGGUAACCUCACAGGGCGUACCGUGCUCCUGGGCAAUGCUAGUCUAAACCCUCACUGCGGAGAAGGAAGCUCGGCCACCAUGUUUGAGUCUACAGUUUAGAAUCAGUCUCAGAAGAAAAUGAAGAGGAGGUGUGUUAUUUCAUACACAGUAUAUUAGCAAAUCCACCGGAUCCCAAACGUGUCUCCUCCAACCCUGUCAGUAUCUUCCGGAGUCCAGAAGGCUGUAACUGCCGACAUUCACACUCAGGUCUUUGGCCUUGGCAUGGGUGGCUGCAGCAGAGCUGCUGCUGUCUUUUUAUACUAAGUGGACCUCACUGCAGACCAGGCUGCUUUGUCAGGGAAAAUGGUCUUUAGACACGCUCGAGGAACGCAUCUCGGUAGCAUUUUUACUCCUUGAUUUUACUUAGCAACAGUGUUUGGUACCAGGAAGACAGACUGGAUCCGUGCGAUGUGCACCUGGACACGGUGAUGUAAAUGUGCCUACUUGUAUUUGAAGUCUGUAAUCGCAUAACCAGCUAUCACCUCUGUUACAAGCUCCUCUCUCUGCAGGGCUCUCCUGGGAACAGGGGACUCUCAGAAGUCCUCCCACACAGGUGGGGAUAGAAACAGUUUGUGGCAACACAAAUCUCUCUCCAUGAUGGAGAAACCUUUUUGCUUAUCCACUGUAUUCUACUCAGUGUAUGGUGAUGACAAACGUCAUGGCAUUAAACCAGUCAGUGAGCUGGCCCUGGUUAAGUGUUGAAUGUGUCUCGCCUGUGGACCUUACUCAGUUGCUGGUUCCUGAGGCAGGGACGUAUUUAUGUCUUGGAGCCAAACCCCUCUUCCCUUGGUCCGGUACAGAGCCUCUUUAGAUGGACGCACCCCAUUCCCACCUCUGCCUCCAGGGCUCACGGCAGCCGGGGUGUGGCCACAGGGGUCCUUCCCUCAUCUCUGGCAGGGAACCUCCCCUCAUUCUGCAUGGGACAGCUCAGGCCGCCUCCCUGAGACCUGGCUGGCUUGUGUGACACCUGACCAUGCAAGUGCUGGGUGCGUCCAGCUUGUCAUCGUAGCCCUUUCUGCUACACCAGCCCGACCUCCAUGGAAAGAAUCAUUAAAGGUCUGUUC